UGAAGUAUGGAGUAUGCAAAAACCUUGGUUCCCACAUCUCUAAUGAGGUCUGUGUCGUCGGUGCAGACAUCUCUGGCCCAGCGUAUGCUGUCUCCUCCUCAGCCUCGUCCGUACAAGGUCUGCACGCAGAACCGGCGCAGGAGGAAAGGCUUCACUGCUCACUCUCUAGCAGACCUCACGGAGCAGGUGGCCAGUUCUUUUCUGAUAACGUGUCAGUUCCUCACACUUGUGCUGGAGGAUGAUGGGACGGCGGUGGACUCGGAGGCCUUUUUUCAGUCUCUGCCUACUAAUACAGCAUUCAUGGUCCUGGAGAAAGGGGAAGCUUGGACCCCCAAUAAACUGGUCCUGCCAAGUUUCAGACGGCCAAGGAGAAGCGGAAUUGCUAAAUUGAGCUUCGACCUGUACAAACUGAACCCAAAGGACUUUCUGGGCUGCCUCACCGUUAAAGCCACGCUCUAUGAAAUAUACACGCUCUCGUAUGACCUCAGGUGCACCAGAGCCAAGUACUUUCUCAAGUCUUUACUGUGGUGUUUGGUGUACAUGGCCAAACUGGCGGGUCAGGUUCUCCUGUGCGGAUCUACGUAUGUGUUGCGGUAUAUCGGUGAUGAGGAAUCUUCUAGCUAAACGCCACAUCAGCUCGAAACAGUGGGGAAAAAAUGAAAACCUCAUGUUUAGUUCAAAAAUCGAUAUAUUUUGUCUUUGGUACGUCUUGUUUCGUGUGGCUUAUUUCAUAACUGCUUAUUUCUAAGAUUAAAUGCAUGUAAAUGCACUGUUAAUUAAAACAAAACGGUGUACUAAAUAUUUUCCAUGUCAUC